CCUUCGUGCAGCCCACCACACCUGCAUACCGGCCACUGUCCAGUCACCUGUCUGCGGACACAGAGGUGAGGGGUAAGGGCACCUUGGUGCACGAAGCUCAGCUCAACUGCUUCUACAUCUCUCCCGGAGGUUCCAACUAUGGCAGCCCACGCCCAGCUCAUGCCAACAUGAAUGCCAAUGCGGCUGCAGGGCUGGCCCCUGAGCACAUCCCCACCCCGGGGGCAGCCCUAUCCUGGCAGGCAGCCAUCGAUGCGGCCCGGCAGGCCAAGCUGAUGGGCAGUGCUGGAAAUACCACCAUCUCCACUGUCAGCUCUACACAGCGGAAGCGGCAGCAGUAUGGGAAACCUAAGAAGCAGAGUGGCACAACUGCCACGCGGCCGCCUCGGGCCCUGCUCUGCCUAACUCUGAAGAACCCUAUCCGGAGAGCAUGCAUCAGCAUUGUUGAAUGGAAACCAUUUGAAAUAAUUAUUUUACUGACUAUUUUUGCCAAUUGUGUGGCCUUAGCAAUCUAUAUUCCCUUUCCAGAAGAUGAUUCCAACGCUACCAAUUCCAACCUGGAACGAGUGGAAUAUCUCUUUCUCAUAAUUUUUACUGUGGAAGCAUUUUUAAAAGUUAUCGCCUAUGGACUUCUCUUUCACCCCAAUGCUUACCUCCGCAAUGGUUGGAAUUUACUAGAUUUUAUCAUUGUGGUUGUAGGGCUUUUUAGUGCAAUUUUAGAACAAGCAACCAAAGCAGAUGGGGCAAAUGCUCUAGGAGGGAAAGGCGCUGGAUUUGAUGUGAAAGCGCUGAGGGCUUUCCGUGUGCUGCGCCCGCUGCGACUGGUGUCUGGAGUCCCAAGUCUCCAGGUUGUCCUGAACUCCAUUAUCAAGGCCAUGGUGCCCCUGCUGCACAUUGCCCUGCUCGUGCUGUUUGUCAUCAUCAUCUAUGCGAUCAUCGGCCUGGAGCUCUUCAUGGGGAAGAUGCAUAAGACGUGCUACAACCAGGAGGGCAUCACAGAUGUCCCAGCAGAAGAGGACCCCUCCCCCUGUGCUCUUGAGAGCGGCCACGGGAGACAAUGCCAGAAUGGCACAGUGUGCAAGCCCGGGUGGGACGGGCCUAAGCACGGCAUCACCAACUUCGACAACUUUGCCUUCGCCAUGCUCACCGUGUUCCAGUGCAUCACCAUGGAGGGCUGGACCGACGUGCUGUACUGGAUGCAGGACGCUAUGGGCUAUGAGUUACCCUGGGUGUAUUUUGUCAGUCUGGUCAUCUUUGGAUCCUUUUUCGUUCUAAAUCUGGUUCUCGGUGUGUUGAGCGGAGAGUUUUCCAAAGAGAGGGAGAAGGCCAAGGCUCGGGGAGAUUUCCAAAAGCUCCGAGAGAAACAGCAGCUGGAAGAGGAUCUCAAAGGCUACCUUGACUGGAUCACCCAGGCAGAAGACAUUGACCCCGAGAAUGAGGAUGAAGGCGUGGAUGAGGAGAAGCCCCGAAACAUGAGCAUGCCCACCAGCGAGACCGAGUCCGUCAACACUGAAAACGUGGCUGGAGGUGACAUCGAGGGAGAGAACUGUGGGGCGAGGCUGGCCCACCGAAUCUCCAAAUCAAAGUUCAGCCGCUACUGGCGCAGAUGGAACCGGUUCUGCAGAAGGAAGUGCCGGGCUGCCGUCAAGUCCAAUGUCUUCUACUGGCUGGUGAUCUUCCUGGUGUUCCUCAACACGCUCACUAUUGCCUCCGAACAUUACAACCAGCCCCACUGGCUCACAGAAGUGCAAGACACAGCCAAUAAAGCUCUCCUGGCCCUUUUUACUGCGGAGAUGCUCCUGAAGAUGUACAGUCUGGGCCUGCAGGCCUACUUCGUGUCCCUCUUCAACCGCUUCGACUGCUUCAUCGUGUGUGGGGGCAUCCUGGAGACCAUCCUGGUGGAGACCAAGAUCAUGUCUCCCUUAGGCAUCUCUGUGCUGAGAUGUGUCCGGCUCCUGAGGAUAUUUAAAAUCACAAGGUACUGGAACUCCUUAAGCAACCUAGUGGCAUCCUUGCUGAACUCUGUGCGCUCCAUUGCCUCCCUGCUCCUGCUCCUCUUCCUCUUUAUCAUCAUCUUCUCCCUGUUGGGGAUGCAGCUCUUUGGAGGGAAGUUCAACUUUGAUGAGAUGCAAACCCGGAGGAGCACGUUUGAUAACUUCCCCCAGUCCCUUCUAACUGUGUUUCAGAUCCUGACCGGGGAGGACUGGAAUUCGGUGAUGUAUGAUGGGAUCAUGGCUUAUGGCGGCCCCUCUUUUCCAGGGAUGUUAGUCUGUAUUUACUUCAUCAUCCUCUUCAUCUGUGGAAAUUAUAUCCUACUGAAUGUGUUCUUGGCCAUUGCUGUGGACAACCUGGCUGAUGCUGAGAGCCUCACUUCUGCCCAAAAGGAGGAAGAAGAAGAGAAGGAGAGAAAAAAGCUGGCCAGGACUGCCAGCCCAGAAAAGAAACAGGAGGUGGUGGAGAAGCCAGCAGUGGAGGAGACUAAAGAGGAGAAAAUCGAGCUGAAAUCCAUUACCGCUGAUGGAGAGUCCCCACCCACCACCAAGAUCAACAUGGAUGACCUCCAGCCCAAUGAAAAUGAGGACAAGAGUCCCUACCCCAACCCCGAUGCUGCAGGAGAAGAGGAUGAGGAGGAGCCUGAGAUGCCUGUCGGGCCCCGUCCGCGGCCACUCUCUGAGCUGCACCUUAAGGAAAAAGCCGUGCCCAUGCCAGAAGCCAGCGCAUUCUUCAUCUUCAGCCCUAACAACAGGUUUCGCCUGCAGUGCCACCGCAUUGUCAAUGACACGAUCUUCACCAACCUGAUCCUCUUCUUCAUUCUGCUCAGCAGCAUUUCUCUGGCCGCAGAGGACCCCGUACAACACACCUCCUUCAGGAACCAUAUUCUGUUUUAUUUUGAUAUUGUUUUUACUACCAUUUUCACCAUUGAAAUUGCUCUGAAGAUGACAGCUUAUGGGGCUUUUCUACACAAGGGCUCUUUCUGCCGGAAUUACUUCAACAUCUUGGACCUACUGGUGGUCAGCGUGUCCCUCAUCUCCUUUGGCAUCCAGUCCAGUGCAAUCAAUGUGGUGAAGAUCUUGCGAGUGCUGCGCGUCCUCCGGCCCCUGAGGGCCAUCAACAGGGCUAAAGGGCUAAAGCAUGUGGUCCAGUGCGUGUUUGUUGCCAUCCGGACCAUCGGGAAUAUCGUCAUUGUCACCACACUGCUGCAGUUCAUGUUCGCCUGCAUCGGGGUCCAGCUCUUCAAGGGAAAACUCUACACCUGUUCUGAUAGUUCCAAGCAAACAGAAGCAGAAUGCAAGGGGAACUACAUCACAUACAAAGAUGGGGAGGUUGACCAGCCUAUUAUCCAGCCCCGCAGCUGGGAAAACAGCAAGUUUGACUUCGACAAUGUCCUGGCAGCCAUGAUGGCCCUCUUCACUGUCUCCACGUUUGAGGGGUGGCCAGAGCUGCUGUACCGCUCCAUCGACUCCCACACGGAAGACAAGGGUCCCAUCUAUAACUACCGCGUGGAGAUCUCCAUCUUCUUCAUCAUCUACAUCAUCAUCAUUGCCUUCUUCAUGAUGAACAUCUUCGUGGGUUUCGUCAUCGUCACCUUCCAGGAGCAGGGAGAGCAGGAGUACAAGAACUGCGAGCUGGACAAGAACCAGCGACAGUGUGUGGAGUACGCCCUCAAGGCCCGGCCCCUGCGGCGGUACAUUCCCAAGAACCAGCACCAGUACAAGGUGUGGUAUGUGGUCAACUCCACCUACUUUGAGUACCUGAUGUUUGUCCUCAUCCUGCUCAACACCAUCUGCUUGGCCAUGCAGCACUAUGGCCAGAGCUGCCUGUUCAAAAUCGCCAUGAACAUCCUGAACAUGCUCUUCACCGGCCUCUUCACUGUGGAGAUGAUCCUGAAACUCAUUGCCUUCAAACCCAAGCACUAUUUCUGUGAUGCAUGGAAUACAUUUGACGCCUUGAUUGUUGUGGGUAGCAUUGUUGAUAUAGCAAUCACCGAGGUAAACCCAGCUGAACAUACCCAAUGCUCUCCCUCUAUGAACGCAGAAGAAAACUCCCGCAUCUCCAUCACCUUCUUCCGCCUCUUCCGGGUCAUGCGUCUGGUCAAGCUGCUGAGCCGCGGGGAGGGCAUCCGGACACUGCUGUGGACCUUCAUCAAGUCCUUUCAGGCCUUGCCCUACGUGGCCCUUCUGAUAGUAAUGCUGUUCUUCAUCUAUGCCGUGAUUGGUAUGCAGGUGUUUGGAAAGAUUGCCUUGAACGACACCACGGAGAUCAACCGGAACAACAACUUUCAGACUUUCCCCCAAGCCGUGCUGCUGCUGUUCAGGUGUGCCACAGGGGAGGCCUGGCAGGACAUCAUGCUGGCCUGCAUGCCGGGCAAGAAGUGUGCUCCGGAGUCCGAGCCCAGCAACAGCACAGAAGGGGAGACACCCUGUGGCAGCAGCUUUGCUGUCUUCUACUUCAUCAGCUUCUACAUGCUCUGUGCCUUCCUGAUCAUCAACCUCUUUGUAGCUGUCAUCAUGGACAACUUUGACUACCUGACAAGAGACUGGUCAAUCCUCGGUCCCCACCAUCUGGAUGAAUUUAAAAGAAUCUGGGCAGAAUAUGACCCAGAAGCCAAGGGUCGUAUCAAACACCUGGAUGUGGUCACCCUUCUCCGACGGAUUCAGCCUCCUCUGGGUUUUGGGAAGCUGUGUCCUCAUCGAGUGGCCUGCAAGCGCCUUGUCUCCAUGAACAUGCCUCUGAACAGCGAUGGGACCGUCAUGUUCAAUGCCACCCUGUUUGCCCUGGUCAGGACAGCCCUGAGGAUCAAAACGGAAGGGAACCUAGAACAAGCCAAUGAGGAGCUGCGCGCCAUCAUCAAGAAGAUCUGGAAACGGACCAGCAUGAAGCUUCUGGACCAAGUGGUGCCCCCUGCUGGUGAUGACGAGGUCACAGUUGGCAAGUUCUACGCUACUUUCCUGAUCCAAGAGUACUUCCGGAAGUUCAAGAAGCGCAAAGAGCAAGGGCUUGUGGGCAAGCCCUCCCAGAGGAAUGCUCUGUCUCUACAGGCUGGCUUGCGCACCCUACAUGACAUUGGACCUGAGAUCCGCCGAGCCAUCUCUGGAGACUUGACUGCCGAGGAAGAGCUAGACAAGGCCAUGAAGGAGGCUGUGUCUGCUGCCUCCGAAGAUGACAUCUUCAGGAGGGCGGGUGGCCUGUUCGGCAACCAUGUCAGCUACUACCAAAGCGACAGCCGGAGCACCUUCCCCCAGACCUUCACCACCCAGCGCCCACUGCACAUCAACAAGGCGGGUAACAACCAAGGCGACACUGAGUCACCCUCCCACGAGAAGUUGGUAGACUCCACCUUCACCCCCAGCAGCUACUCGUCCACUGGCUCCAACGCCAACAUCAACAACGCCAACAACACUGCCCUGGGCCGCUUCCCCCACCCCGCCGGCUACCCCAGCACGGUCAGCACCGUGGAGGGCCACAGGCCCCCCUCAUCUCCUGCCACCUGGGCGCAGGAGGCCACGAGGAAGCUCGGCGCCAUGAGGUGCCACUCCCGGGAGAGCCAGAUAGCCGUAGUGUGUCAGGAGGAGCCUUCUCAGGACAAGACCUAUGACGUGGAGCUGAAUAAAGAUGCUGAGUACUGCAGCGAGCCCAGCCUGCUCUCCACAGAGAUGCUGUCCUAUAAGGAUGAUGAAAAUCGACAACUGACACCGCCUGAGGAAGACAAGAGGGACACCCGGCCCUCUCCAAAGAAGGGUUUCCUCCGCUCCGCCUCCCUAGGUCGAAGAGCCUCCUUCCACCUGGAGUGUUUAAAGCGCCAGAAGAAUCAUGGGGGUGACAUUUCUCAGAAGACAGUCCUACCCUUGCAUCUGGUUCAUCAUCAGGCACUGGCCGUGGCGGGCCUGAGCCCUCUCCUCCAGAGAAGCCAUUCCCCGACCGCCAUCCCCAGGCCGUGUGCCACACCCCCUGCCACGCCGGGCAGCCGAGGCUGGCCCCCGAAACCCAUCCCCACCCUGCGGCUAGAGGGCGCCGAGUCCUGCGAGAAACUCAACAGCAGCUUCCCGUCCAUCCACUGCAGCUCGUGGUCAGAGGAGCCCAGCCCCUGCGGCGGGGGCAGCAGCGCGGCGCGGAGAGCCCGGCCCGUGUCCCUCAUGGUGCCCAGCCAGGCCGGGGCCCCGGGGAGACAGUUCCACGGCAGUGCCAGCAGCCUGGUGGAGGCGGUUUUGAUUUCAGAAGGACUGGGACAGUUUGCUCAAGAUCCCAAGUUCAUCGAGGUCACAACCCAGGAGCUGGCUGACGCCUGCGAUAUGACCAUAGAGGAGAUGGAGAACGCGGCAGACAACAUCCUCAGCGGGGGAGCCCCGCAGAGUCCCAACGGCACCCUUUUACCUUUCGUGAACUGCAGGGACCCAGGGCAGGACCGGGCAGGCGGUGACGAGGACGAGGGCUGUGCAUGCGCCCUGGGGCGCGGCCGGAGCGAGGAGGAGCUCGCGGACAGCAGGGUCCACGUCCGCAGCCUGUAGUCGCCGGGGCUGGGGAGACGCCGGGUUUUUAUUUGUUUCAAUGUUCCUAAUGGG